CACCCAAUUUUUUUUGGUACACAGUCUCAAGUGAAACAACGAUCCAAUAAUUUACCUAUGUUCUAAAUAAAGGCAUGUCCUAAAUCUCUCUCUCGUUCUCUCUUUUUUUCCCCAUUCUUUAAGGUUGUUUUUUCGGAUUAAUUUUUGAUUCAAAGUUGGAUCUUGAUUCCAAAACUUGUUCUGGGAGCUUUUAUGCCCAAACAUUUAGGAGAUUGAAGAUUUUGUGAUGGAAGAAGGAGAUUCUUCUGUAAGGAGAUGGGAGGACCUUGAUAUUGAUAUCUUGGUGAAGAUACUCCAGUCUUUUGACCUUUUUGAGCUGACUUCUGGACUUGCUCAUGUUUGUAGUGCGUGGCGAUUGGCUUGUUCUGAUCAACUUCUUUGGAUGACACUGGACUUGUCAAUAUUAAAGUCAAAUUAUAUCAAAAUCCCGUUAGAGCCAUACGUAUAUGUGGACUGUCAGUCUGAUAAAACAUUGACCAGCCUCCUGAAGAUUUGUUUGAACCUCAGUAGUGGAAACAUACGAACAUUAAUCUUCCAUUACAAUUUGUAUGUCAGCGACGAUCAGUUGACUUAUACUGCUGAGAGGUGUCCACGUCUAAAACGUCUUGUUAUGCCUGCUUGGAACAGAAUAAAGAAGACAGGAAUAUGCAGGGCUAUUCAUAUGUGGGAAGAUCUUGAAUCACUGACGAUGCCUAGUAUAGCAAAUCCUCCGUAUGUCAUGGAGGAAAUUGCAAGGAGUUGCAAAAAUUUUGCUGAGCUAAAGAUAAUGGGGCCCUGUGAUAUGCUCUUUGCAUCUACACUAGUAUCAUUUCUUCCAAACUUGAAAGUGUUGAGUGUGAGGUGCACAUUGUUAUCUAAAAGUGCCUUGGUUACUAUCUUGGACGGGUUAAAAAAGUUGGAAGUGCUCAACAUAUCUCAUUGCGUAAUUACUGAAGAUCCUCCACCUGCACCAAAGAAAAUUCUGGCCAAGCUUGAUGAUUCAAUUCUCGAAAAAGCAUCUAGGUUACACAAAUUCCUAACCUGCAUGAGUGACUCAUGCAUCAUGUGUCAGCGCUGUCGAAAUGAUGAAGGGCUGAUGAGGUGGUAUAAGUAUGAAGAACUCUGGAAAGUGGAUGAGGUGGGAUCUCUUGCAAUUUGACAACUUUAAGAAUGUUUUGCUUCAUGAGUUGAGAUCCAGUAAAAUAUGUAAAACUUUGUGUAUAUGAAACAUAAUAAAACCUUGUCAUCUUGAAUGGACGUGGAUCAGCAUCCAGUUUGCUAGCAGCAAGUAUUAUCCUUUUGGUGGCAAAAGGGAGAGUAGCUUUGUAGCAUAGGGAGACAUAUAAACAGAUCUUCCAUGUAGCGUAAUGCUACUUCUGUGUUGUAAUUUUGUAAGUUUUUAGUCUAUUCUCUUUGACAGACUUGUAUCCAUUUACAUAUGUAUUGCCAAGCAUUGUAAGCUCUCUUUUCUAUCACUA